AUGGCUCACAACACAAAUGUCACUGAUGUCUAUCCUCCAUGGGGCGGGUACCCAAAGUUCGUCCAAGAAGGCUACAACGACAAGUAUCUGCCGGUCUGGCUCCAGAAUGCUGGCUAUGACACGUACUACACUGGCAAACUAUUCAACGCCCACAAUCUCGCCAACUGGAACAAGCCACUCCCUGCAGGUUGGAAUCAGACCGGCUUUCUCCUUGACCCGGGCACAUACACAUACUAUAACACUUGCAUACAGAUGAAUGAUCAACCUCCAGCCUUCCGUCCGGGAGAGUACUCGACAGACAUCAUCGCGAACCUCUCACUCUCAUGGCUUGACAUGGCAGCGAAGAGCAGCCGACCUUUCUUCUUGGGGCUUGCCCCAAUCGCGCCGCAUACGGAAUCCAUCAUCGGGCGCGGCAAUUCGGUUUGGUUCGACGUUCCCAGACCGGCAAAACGACACGAGAAACUAUUUCUAGAUGCCAAGGUCCCUCGUGGGCCUAGCUUCAAUCCUGAGGAGGCAUGUGUCAGCUGGGUGAAACAGUUGCAUCGUCAGAACCAGAGUGUGGUCGAUUAUAACGAUUCAUUCUACGUGAAGCGGUUGCAAUCGUUACAGGCUGUUGAUGAAAUGGUGGGUGCUCUGUUUGAAAAGCUCAAAGCACUCGGUAUGGACCAGAACACCUACGUUAUCUACACCAGCGACAACGGCUUCCAUAUCGGUCAGCACCGCCUGAAUCCAGGCAAGCAAUGUGCCUUUGAGGAAGAUGUCAAUGUGCCGUUCCUGAUUGCCGGACCCGGCGUGCCAAAGAAUCAUUCCGUCAGCUUCACCACGACCCAUCACGACUUUGCAGCUACAAUUUUCGAUCUCGCACAAAUUCCUCUUCGUCAAGACUUCGACGGCACACCCAUGCCAUUGACAUUACCCGCCAUGGAUAAGGUGGCAGCGUCAACCAUUCGUGAGCACGUUGCCGUCGAAUACUGGGGAGUCGCAGGCGAAGAAGGAGCAUUGUACAGAUCGGGCGUCAAUGCACCUCAUGCAAAUAACACCUACAAGGGUAUACGUAUCGUCAGUCCACAAUAUGACCUAAUGUACACUGUGUGGUGCAACCACGAGCACGAGCUAUAUGACAUGAAGACCGAUCCGUACCAGACCAACAAUCUGUUCCAAACGUUCGUCCAAAUCAAUGGCCAGCCCGUCAAUAACGUGGUGUCGAGGUUGAACGCGCUGUUGAUGGUGAUGAAGUCGUGUAAAGCGAGCCAAUGCGUUGAGCCAUGGUUGACUCUUCACCCAGAUGGGAAGGUCACCCAUCUCAUCGACGCUCUAGAUCCUAGCUUGGACAGCUUCUAUGCCAACCAGCCCAAGGUCGCCUUCACCGAGUGUGCUCUAGGCUACAUCAUCGCUGCUGAGGGGGCCAUGAAUGUGGAUCCAUACCAUGUACCUGACUGA